CGUUCAGUUGGAGAACACCCCCAGAGCAAGAGGCUGGUCUCUCCACCCUAAUUCGGCCUCCAUUUGACAGGAAAAUGCCCUCCUCUCUCAAACUGCCCCUCCCGCCGAUGUAGACAACCCAGAGUUCUUGUGGAAGGAAGGGAGAGGCAGCGUGUGUCCGGGACCUUUGAUGUUUCUCUUUCCCCACAGGGUGGACCAGAUCGUGGGUAGGGGACCUGGUGACCGGAAGAGUCGGGAGAAGGGUGAAAAGGGGCCCUCCGACUCAGAGGUGGUGGAUGAAAUCAGCAUGAUGGGACGCGUGGUCAAGGUGGAGAAGCAGGUGCAGUCCAUCGAGCACAAGCUGGACCUGCUGUUGGGUUUCUAUUCGCGCUGCCUACGCUCUGGCACGUCAGCCAGCCUGGGUACCGUGCAAUUGCCGCUCUUCGACCCCGACAUCACCUCCGACUACCACAGCCCUGUGGACCACGAGGACAUCUCCGUCUCCGCACAGACGCUCAGCAUCUCUCGUUCCGUCAGCACCAACAUGGAUUGAGGGGCUUCUUAGGAACAGGGCAGCAAUCGGCCCGGCGAUUGGACCCGCCCACUGAGCCUCUCUUACUUGAACUCGCUCCCUUGCGGAGAGAGAGGCCACUUGCAGUAUUGAGCUGUCUGGGUGGGCCAGAUAACCUGCAGUGGGUGACAACCGCCCCGCCCACACCCCAGGAGCGUGAGAUGCCAGGCCGCGUGGAGGAGGGCAGCAGCAUCGGCUGCUCGGUGGCCUCUGGGCUCCCCAGUACCCUGCCUGCUCCAUCAAGGCCCGACAUGGCCCACCCGGCAGGGGCACUGUCCCAGGAGUGGGAGUGGGGCCCUGGGCCCUGACCCAGCUUCCAGCUAUGCAAGGUGAGGUCUCUGGCCCACCCUUCGGACAGAGCAGGGAAGCCCUCCCGCCAAGUCCCCACCCCACUUGGGGAUGGGCCCAAGGUGCCCCCACAGGUACCCACAAAGCACAGGACCCUGCCACAGGCAGGUGGGCACCAUAUAUGCAAACUAUGUUAAAUAUGCAACUUGGGGACCCCCAUGGGGUCCCUCUGCCCCUCCCCCAUUGGGAGAUGGGCCCCAGCAGUAGCUGGUCUCAGGCUGCUUGGCCAUGCCUCCAACCCUAUUCUUUGGCUUAUCACUCCAUCCCCACUCAGCAUGGGAUCUGGUUCUCCCUUUCCCUCUCCCAGGGGCCUUUCAUCCCAUUUUCAGUUGUCACCUCCCAGGAACUCCCUCUUCCUGCUGGAUGCCCAUUCCCAUUGUUGGCACUCCAGACACCUUUGACAGCAUAAAUUUCUGUACUCUCCCCAAACUUCCCAGACAGUGCUUCAUGGACAGUCACACAAAUAUGGCCCUGUAGUUUCUCUAUAGGGAAAGCCUCACACUCACUCUGAUGCACACAAUCACACACCUGAGACAUGAGCACAGAGCCACUCAGGUCUUUCCCAGGCCUCUGCCACAGAUGCCAGUGAGCUGGCCUUGCAGGGAGAUGCUCACUAAGAGGAUGCUUCUCGCUCCCUCUGGGAAGGAUAGGAAGCUUUACAGUGAUCCCAGGUCCCUCCAGGCCCUACCCAGAACCUAACAACUCCCCUUCCUCAAGAAGAUAGAUUUCUUCUCCAGGAGCUCUAGCUACAGUCUCUGCCUGCCCCAAGGACCUCCUUAGUGUCCCUAUAGCAUAACUCAGACCCAGGAUUCUGUGGAGAAACCCCAGGCCCACCACCCUUCCUAGUUACUCUAACUCUCAGAGAGAACAAUAAUGCAUCUAGCGGCUAUACCAACUGUGCACCUGGCUGUCACAUGCACCAUCCUCUGCCCCACUUCUUCACUUCAGUUAGCAGCCCUGCAUACUGGCAUAAGUGCCCAUCCAACUUCAGGCCCCCAGUACCACUUCCCAAUUCCGGUCCCUUUGUUCCUCUUCUGCAAAACCAAUGCAGGUGGCAGGAGAGUGAGGGGUAGUGGACCAAGGGUAACACUCUGUGGGUGCUAGGGAACAAGGGACUAAGGCCAGGCUGCCUGCAUCUCAUACUAGAGACCUGCAUGCACCAGCGCCAGGGCUUGGGCUGGAUCUUGCUCAGCCUCAUGGUGCCCAGCCUCUGCCCUACCAUGCCCUUUGCAUGUACCAUCAUGCCCUGGAUGGAGCCUCACCUGCACUGCACUGUCCCCAGAGAGCCACACUAUCCACCCACUUAGAGACAGAACUAUGGAGAGGGCCAGGAGAAGAGGAUCGCCCUGUGACCAAAAGAGACAUGGGAAAAGGCCCUCCCUCCUUCCACGAUCGAGGUUCCCCCACCAACCCCGUUCUCGGAUAUGCAAGUACCUCACUUUGUUAACUUAUUAACUUAUUGGUUUCAUUAAAGUUUUCAGUAGGAGGUGGUUGGUUUUGGUUUUGUUCAGUUGCUGUGGGUGAAGCUCUUGGUUUUGGGGUGGGAACAGUUGUACUCUGCUGUAAACAAUAAAAACACAACCCGUAUGUCUUAAGCAAAAAAUGAAACAUCAGCUCAGAGAAUAAAAAAUUCUAGGGGAUA